GUUGCCCGACAGAUGGGCCCGGAGGUCAAGUUUGGCGUUACGGAUCCCAUCUCCCUGGGGAUGCCCACGGAGGCUGAACUCGCGUUGGACGAGCAGUUGCAUGAGGAGAUGAAAAGCGACGCACCCUUGGAGACAGAGGAGAAGAUGCGUUUCCGUGCCGAAGUCUUGAUCGAAUUGAAGCGGAUCUGUCAACAAUGGGUCCAGGAGGAGUGCAUCAGCCAGGGCGAUGAAGACUUGGCACAGAGGGCGGGCGCCAAGAUUUUCACCUUCGGAUCUUACAGGCUGGGUCUCAUCAGCCCCGGCUCCGACAUCGACGUCCUCUGCGUGGCGCCUAAAAACAUCACGCGCGAAUCCUUCUUCCAGGCUCUGGUUCCGAAGUUGCAGGAGCAUCCGGAGGUCACAGACGUCACGCCGGUGCCGGACGCCUACACGCCCAUCAUCAAGAUGAAGCUGUCGAGCGUGGAGAUCGAUCUCCUUUUCGCCCGGCUGUCCUCCAUGACGGAGGAACUGUCGUGGCGGCCUUUGCCCGCGCGCCUUCUGCGGCGGGCGGCCCGGGGCACUACCGCCACGGAUACAGAGUUACCCCUGGUGCAGGUAUACAUGCUUCAAAACGAUGUUCAGGAGGCUUCUGGUGUGCAUGCUGCAGGUGCGGAGGCAGGGACAUCGGACGCAGAAGGAGGUGUCGCUGCGACGGAGUUAGAUUCGGAGAGUGUGGAAGCGGGAUUUGCAAGGCUGCGGCGGCAAGUGCGCGUGAAGCUGCAGGCAGUGGCCAUGGCAAUCGACGUCGGACACGGGGCGCAGGUCAGAAGCCGAAGAGAACAGAGAGGAAAAGAAAAGGACAUAUGGAAAAAGAGGCUGCAGGAGGAACGUCAGAAAGCCGUGCAACAGGGAAAGCUGACGAGACAUGUGCAGGUGACAGGUGCUCGAGCCCUUACGCGUGGUUUAGAGGUAGGCUUACGGAAGAUCGAGCCCAGACGGCAGGUGGAGACAGGAGAUGCAGGUAUGGAAGGCGCUUGCGAGGUAGUGUGUUCCGAUGGUCAAAAGGAUGGGCUGCCUUGCGUCAGAGACGAACUAGCGGCAUGGAACCGCAGCCGCACACCCCUGCAAGCACGUCCGCAGGCAUCGCCUUCUGCUGAUGUUGCUCCAACCGUGCUGGAUGGGACACCAGACAGUGAGCGGGUGCGGCGAUGCUUGGAGCGUGAAGCAGAAGAUGCUUUGCCAGAGGUUGUGCGCAAGGACUUGGCCAUUCAGCCCGACAGGCCGCUUGUAGAAAGAUGA